AUGAAUGCUCUUGAUGAACUUCCCUUUAAAAUUCCCGUGGGUGAUCUAGACGAACCCCUGGAAAUGCAGCCAAUCACAGUUCCAGACAUCCAGAUUCCCGACUACCGUCAAAUACUCCGGGAGACAGAGUAUGAGUUUAGUCUGGAGAACUGGGUCUUGACUGGACAACAGGCGGGCUACUGUAAAAACCCGAGAUCUGCCCAGCGGCUGAACGUUGGUGCUGGUGCAGCUCCCUCCUGCCCCCCCUACUGGCUGAUGUUCAGCAGCCCCCAGCAGAGCCGGCUCGGUCGCCACAGGAGCGGGGAAUUCUGGGACCGCGGGCGACGCCCACGCAGCCUCAGUCUGAGUUCGGCGGACUCCCGUUGGCUGCCCCCGCAUCGCUCCGUCAAAUUCCUCAUCUCCGACUCGGAGUGCGACGCUGGUGGAUACUCCGAGGAUGACGAAGGCUCCUCUACGGAGGAAGACUGCUUAGCCCGCUCCUCGAAGACCAGGGAGAGACCUCAGAGCGCGGGACCCAAACAGGGCCUCUCCCGUCUCAGGGAGCUCAAGAAGAACACGGAUCCUCACGUGUCACACCCCUCCUCCCCUCGUGGGCACCACCGCUCCAAGACCUCUGUCCAGGAGCUCCGUCAGGCCUCCCUGCCCGUUAAGGAACAGCCGAAGCUGAGCAGCCCGCGGCCGGCGGAUCACGGCGCGAGACCCUCCAGGAGGAAGCCCAACGUGCUGUGGUCUGGCGGGAAAAGGCACUCGUCGACUCAGCAGAGAGUCAACACAAGCACCUCCACGUCCACCUUCAAACAGACCAGGCCUUCUUCCGCUGGCCCUGCUCCCUCUACCCGACGCCAGAAACCCUCCAUGCAAAGUGCGCGGCCCAAGACCUCCCAUGGUCGCGGUUCAGCGCGGGACUCGUCUACAGAACUGCUGUGUGCACUGAGCCAGGAUGAGAGAGAGCUACUGGAGGCCAUUACGGCUCAGGGCUACCCUGUAUGCACCGCCAUAAUGGCUCUACAAAGGACUGGCUGCCGAAGCCCAGAACAGAUCCUGAGUUACCUGGUGGCAUGUGAGCAUCUGUGUGAACUGGGCUAUGACAAAACUCAGGUGGAGGAAGCACUGGAGAUGUUUCAGAACUGUGAAACCAAGGCUGCUGAGUUCCUGCGUCUCUUGGCUCAGUUUAAUGAGAUGGGCUUCCAGCAGAAUGCCAUUAAAGAGGUACUGCUGGUCCAUGAGAACCACAGGGAGAGAGCCCUGGAGGAACUCAUGACCCGAGUCUCUUGA